AUGAGCGAAAGAAUGAAAUUAUACGGGUUUGAAUUCUCUGGGCAUGUUCAUAGAGUUCGACUUUUACUGUCAUUUUUGAAAAUUCCAUUUGAAUGGAUCAUUAUUCAGCCGGCAGACUUAAACUCGGAAGAGAUUAGACGACUGAAUUCAUGGAAACAGGUUCCCAUACUUGUUGACGGGGACACCGUUAUAUCAGAUAGCAAUGCCAUUAUGGUAUAUUUGGUGAAAAAGUAUGGGGAUGAAGACUUUUGGUUGCUCAAAGAUCCAUUAGCAUCUUCUUGGGUACAAAGAUGGUUUUCCUAUGCUACUGGUGAAUUACGUUAUGGCCCAUCACUUGCUCGAAAGAUUUAUCUUUAUAAAACGAACGAAGACACAGAGGUUCCCAAACAGAUUGCGGCUAAAUUAUUCGACUUUAUGAACAAUUAUUUAGAAGGAAAGGAAUAUUUAGUUGGCGAUCAUAUUACUCUUGCAGACUUUGCUAUGUAUUCCUACACGUCGCACGCUCCGGAAGGUUAUAUUUCUCUACGCCCAUAUCCCAAUGUAUUGACAUGGUUGACACGCAUCGAGAGCCUUCCUGAAUAUGUCCCUCUGAAUUGGUUCAAUCCAUCCUUGAAAGAUUAUUAG